UUUUUUUUUUGAUUUAAUGAGGGGGAGGGGUAAUAAAAGUGGUGAACAAUAAGAUUUAUUUUAUUUACCUUUUUUCAUUUAUUUAUUUAUUUCCAUAGCACAAGCUACUAUUAUUGUUUAACAAGACCUUAGUAAAAAAAAAAGGUCAUUCAUUCAUUUAUUCAUUCAUUUUUAUCUUUCUUCUUUCUUUCUCGAUUUAUUUUUUGUUUACUUUCUUCUACAUACAUUUGAAAUGAAGGCUACUUUACUUAUAGCUUUUCUCAUAGUGUUUAUCUCUUUUGUUAUAGCUGAUAAUAGCUAUUUUUAUUUUACUAAUCCUGUAGUCGGUAGUUCUUUUACUGCAGGUCAAACUGCUACCAUUACUUGGAUAAAUGGAACUGAGAGUGUUGCUAAAGUCACACUUCUUACCGGUACUCAUGCUGCUAUCAUGGAUUCUACAGGCUAUAAUUUCACUAUUCAUGGUGCUGAUGAUAAAUAUGACUGGGUGGUUCCUACUAAUCUUCCUCAAAAUGCUACCUUUGCUUUUAAGGUAGAUUACACGGAUUCUAAAGGUGCUGUGGGUUCUUCUUAUUCGAGUGCUUUUAACAUUAUUAAAACUACUGGCGAUGUUGUGGUAACUCAACCUUUUGUUUCACUUAAUAUGACUACUAUCAUCACUACUGCUUCCUCCCCCCUUAGACCCACUUCUUCUGCUAGUUUAACUCAUUAUUCUGCUUCAGUUGUUGGCAACCUUACUUCUACUUUGCUUUCUCAAACUCAUACUUCUCUUGCCUCUACUCCUUCUGCUACUACUACUCCUAUAGCUCCUGGAUCUGAUGCCUCUAUCUUGAAGGGAUCUAUCAUGAUCACUACUUGCUCUGUAGCUAUUCUUAUUUUCCACUUUAUUUUUUAAAAAAGAAAGUAUUAUUAAUUAUUUAAUUUGAAUUAUAAAGAAAAAAAAUUAGAUGAUUAUUUUUACUUGUAUUAAAU